GAGUCGUUACAUUCAUAGAGAAAGGUUACAUCUUUCAAUCAUGAUUUUCACUCGCAUACCAUUUUAAAAAAUAUUUAUCAUUUGCGUGAUUUCUCAUGGAGUAAAGAAACUGUUUUAUAAUGUAGAUAGACAUUAUCAAGAGCUCCAAUGGAAACUGAAAGCAACAAUUUGUUGGAACAAAUAAGAAUCAGACAUGAGAAUCGCGCGAAUACUACCAACAAGUUAUUAGUUCCUGACAGCGAAACACCCGAAGGAGUGCGUAUGAAAUUGCGUGCUCUUUUAGUGGCAUUGCUUGGUGUAUCAAUGUCUGCUUGUGCGUUCGCCUCUCAGCCUGUUGAGCUGGAGCUAGACGAUGAAGAAGUUGCUCAAAGGCUUAACAACGUAAGCUUCGCGAGACGAAUAACCAAGCCGACUAUUCGUUUGGUGAUGGGAUACGGAAAGUUGAGUGCUUUCGUGACCGCUGCUACCUCACUUUUGUUACUGGUCGCAGUGAUGUCAAAGCAAUCAUGGUGGCGGCGCGGUGCACGCUGGCUUGCAGCACCGGCUCUAUUAGUUGCGGCACUAGAGGCAGCGUCUGACAUUGGCGACGCCAUGCUAGCAGCAGCACUGCGAGGCACGUCUGAACCAGGCAAAGUAGCCGCGCAAACUGCUGCCGCCGCCGUAUUGGUCACCAUAGAGAUCUUGGUCUGGUAUUUCAUAGCUAAAUUCUUCGAGUAUAAUCCUUCGACGCCUACAGAAGAAAGAGGAAAAGAUAAUCAAGUGAAAAUCAUGCUUAAUGAUACAACCACUUAAAUUUCGGUAAUACCACAUUAAUGGAAACAUAAAAGAUGUAGGUAAUCCCUCAAUCUUUGAUUUCUAGUAAGUAUUAGUACGCAUUCUUAUAU